AUGGCCCAGUGCAGGUUAGCUCGUCUACCCAUGUAUCACAACACGAAACUGACGGGUAUUGGAAAGGUCUACAUGGCUGCUGUUUCCGAUGCGACAUCUGCUGUUGGAUCAAGUGCAAGCUGGUUCAAAGUUGCUGAGAUGGGAAUGCCCUCAAACAACCCCGUAUACUGGGGAACCGAAGUUCUGAAUGAUAACUGUGGACACUUUACAUUCACCGUUCCCAAGGACAUUGCUCCCGGAAACUACUUGGUCCGCGCUGAAGUCAUUGCUCUUCACGUCGCCAGCUCCGUCGGCGGUGCCCAGUUCUACAUGUCAUGCUACCAAAUUAACGUCUCGGGAUCUGGAUCAGCCAAGCCCCCCACCGUCAAGUUCCCCGGUGCAUACAGCGCAACCGACCCCGGAAUUCUCAUCAACAUCUAUGAACCUCUCAGCACUUACGCAAUUCCCGGACCAACCCCGUACGGAACCACCGUUCCAGCGAUUGCCGCUACUCCCUGGCCCACGACCGCGACAUGGAACACUGCCAGCCAGCCCAAGACAGUCCCAACUGUCGUUCCAGGAUCGUCUACUUCCAAGCCAACGAGCACUGGUGGAGGAGGUGCCAGCAGCACGGCGACUCCUACACCACCGCCCACUCUUCGACUGCAUCUCCAUCGCCAACUUCUGGCGGAACGGUUGCCCUCUACGGUCAAUGCGGAGGAGUAA